GGCAACGGGAAGCAGCUGCUGGAAUAUCCCAAGCAAAACAAAAAAUAACAAACUAAUAACAAAUUAAUAAAAUGCUGCGACACUUUGCGAGCGCGGAAAGAAAAUUGGGCAGCGUGCUGGGCGCACAGGCACGCCCACAACGCAGCUAUCACAGCAAGCAGGGCGUAUGGGGCUAUCGACCGGUCGCUAAGCGCGUCUACGAAGUUGCCGAGGAGGUGAGGCAGGCAAGGAAUGCACAGGGCAAUGUCUAUCGCUGGGUGGAGGCCUUUCGCCAGCAUGGACACAAAUUGGCAUCGGUAAAUCCCAUCAGCAUCAAAGAGUCCAGCAGCCAAAGCGAGUUGCAGGAAUUAAAUCCCGCAUUUUAUGGACUGCAGACACAGCAAACGGUGCGCACCGCUGGCCUCUUGAGUGCUCCCACAUCUGCCCAGAACGUUGCCCAAUUGGAGCAGCUGCUCCGCGACAUUUACUGCAGCAACGCCGCCAGCGCCGAGUUCGCCUACGUUGAGAGCACCGAGGAGCGCGAAUGGCUGGCCCAGAACUUUGAGUCUUUGUACGAACGCCAGCUGCAUUCGACGGAGCGCCUCGAAAUCGCCGAGCUGCUAAUUAAGUCACAGGCGUGGGAUAACUUCAUGGCCCUCAAAUUUCCGACGGUCAAGCGAUACAGCGGCGAGGGCGCCGAAUCCAUGUUGGCAUUCUUUUGGCAGCUACUACGCGACAGCGUUCAAGCGAACAUUGAACAUGUGGUGCUGGCCAUGCCCCACCGUGGACGGACCCCGCUGCAGGCAGCGCUGCUGAACAUGCGGCCGGCAAAAGUUUUUCGCAAACUCAGCGGCGCAUCGGAGUUUGCCGACGACAUUGAGGCCAUGUCGGACGUCAUAAGUCACUUCCAUGUUUCCGAGCAGCUGCAAGUGCUUGGCAAGAGCAUCAACUUUAGCAUGGUUCGCAAUCCUUCGCAUUUAGAGGCAGCUAAUCCUGUGGCAAUGGGUAAGACGCGCUCCAAGCAGCAGAGUCGUGGCGAUGGCGCCUUUAGCACCGAAUCCAGCGCCCAGCCUUUUGGUCAGCAUGUGCUCAAUGUGAUACUCCAUGGUGAUGCGGCCUUUGCCGGCCAGGGCAUUAAUCAGGAAUGCCUGCACAUGGCCUAUGUGCCCCAUUUUGAGGUGGGCGGCAGCCUGCAUCUCAUUGUCAACAACCAGGUGGGCUUUACCACGCCUGGCGAACGUGGACGCUCGACAGAGUAUGCCUCCGAUCUGGCCAAGUCUAUACAGGCGCCAGUCUUCCAUGUCAAUGGGGAUGAUCCAGAGGCAGUGGCGCGCAUUACCAAUCUUGCCUUUCGCUAUCAGCGCGAAUUUCACAAGGACAUUUUUAUUGAUCUGAACUGCUAUCGGCGCUGGGGUCACAAUGAACUGGAUGAUCCCACCUUUACCAAUCCGCUGGUCUAUCAAAUUGUUCACCAGCGUCAAUCUGUGCCGGACCUCUAUGCAGCUGAGCUGGCCAAGCAGGGUGUGCUAAGCGCGGAGCAGUCCAUCCGAUUGCGGGAGCAUUACAUAGCCUAUCUCAAUGAAGAGUUGGCUUUGGCGCCCAGUUAUCAGCCGCCUGCAAGCUACUUUGAGCAGCAGUGGGCGGGUCUGAAGCUGGCACCUGCCAAUGAGCUCACCUACUGGGACACGGGCUUGGACUAUGGCCUGCUGCACUGGAUUGGCCAGCAGAGCGUUGCAUACCCCGCGGACUUUAACAUUCAUCCACAUCUGCUGAAAACUUUUGUCCAAGGCAGGCUCAAGAAACUGGAAGCUGGUGCCAAAAUAGACUGGGCCACGGCGGAAGCCUUGGCCAUUGGCAGCCUCAUGUACCAGGGCCACAAUGUUCGCAUCAGCGGCGAGGAUGUGGGACGUGGAACUUUCUCCCAUCGUCAUGCCAUGCUGGUGGAUCAGCAGACGAACGAGAUGUACGUGCCACUCAACCACUUGGAGGGCGGCAAGGGCGGCAAACUGGAGCUGGCGCACAGCAUACUCUCCGAGGAGGCGGUGCUUGGCUUUGAAUACGGCAUGGCCAUAGAUAAUCCCCAGAACCUCAUCAUUUGGGAGGCGCAAUUCGGUGACUUUGCCAAUGGCGCCCAAAUCAUGAUCGAUGCGUUUAUUGUCUCGGGCGAGAGUAAAUGGAUGGAAUCGAAUGCCUUGGUCAUGCUGCUGCCACAUGGCUACGAUGGCGCCGCCUCUGAGCACAGCUCCUGCCGCAUCGAGCGGUAUUUGCAGCUCAGCGAUUCCAAGGAAACAGCGCCUGAUGGCGACAGCGUCAAUGUGCAUGUGGUGAAUCCCACGACGCCAGCCCAAUACUACCAUGUGCUGCGUCGACAGCUGGCGAGAAAUUUCCGCAAGCCCUUGGUGGUGGUGGCGCCCAAGACGCUGCUGCGUCUGCCGGCAGCCACCUCAACGCAUGAAGACUUCCAGCCGGGCACGCUGUUCCACAAUGUUUUAGGUGACAGCACAGUGCAGCCGGAACAGGUGCGCAAGGUCAUCAUCUGCAGCGGCAAACACUACUACAACCUGGUCGAGGAACGAGCUAAACGUCAGGUCCAGGACACGGCCAUUGUGCGCCUGGAGUCCCUCUGUCCCUUCCCGGUACAGGAACUGCAGGCACAGCUGGCGCAAUAUGGCAAUGUGCAGAGUUUCGUCUGGAGUCAGGAGGAGCAUCGCAACAUGGGCGCCUGGACGUUUGUGCGGCCACGCUUUGAAAAUUUAAUUGGCAAGCAGCUCCACUAUUGCGGCCGCUGUGAAGCGCCCACCCCAGCCACGGGCAUUGGCAAAGUGCAUAAACGGGAAGUUGAUGAGAUUGUAGCUGCCCCAUUUGAACUUUAGUGCGAUGCCGUCGCUGCCGGACAUGGCUCCGCCACUUUGCCGAACACCUCCCCCGCGCCCGUCCAUAUAUCAGAAAGUACUUUAGCUCAAUAAAACUGCCAAAAAUAAAUAAAGAACAACAAAAAAAGCAAA